UGUAUAACCAUUCAGCUUUUUCUUUCAAGCCUGAACAGAAAAUAAACAAAAGUCACCAUGGUUGAUUGGACAGCACAGGAGCGCUCCAUCAUCAGCAGCAUCUUUGCCAACAUGAAUUAUGACGACAUCGGCCCUAAAGCCCUGAUCAGGUGCCUGAUCGUCUACCCCUGGACUCUGAGGUACUUCAAAGACUUUGGUGACACUCAAACUGUUGAUGCCAUCAAGAGCAACGCGCUAAUCGCAAAACACGGCAAAACUGUGCUGCACGGUCUGGACCGGGCCCUGAAGAACAUGGACGACAUCAAGGGUACCUACGCCGAGCUGAGCGUGCUGCACUCCGAGAAGCUGCACGUCGACCCCGACAACUUCAGACUGCUGGCUGACUGCCUGACCAUCGUCGUCGCCGCCCAAAUGGGAAGCAAAUUCACACCUGAUAUGCAGGCCGCAUUCCAGAAGUUUCUGUCCGUUGUGGUGUUCGCCCUUGGAAGGCAGUAUCACUAGACCUGCAACAACACGACACCAAAAAGAGGCCAUGUUUCCUUCUAAUGAAGAAAUAAAGGCACAUUGAAGUCAAUUCUA